CACACCAUCAGCCCCUCGGGGUCGUGUAUCGCGGAGAGGGAGCGCGAGUACGAAAGCGUGAGUGACGUCAUCUCAUAGUUACCAUAAAGCGUCCCUGCAUGGGAACGGGAACUUCAUAGGCCCGGUGGGUCUAUCGCAAGACGUGACGGUGGGAACUCGAAGAAGAUCACCAUAGGCGCAGCGAUGCUUUUCUCCCUUGAAAUUGCCGAUAUCAUCCUGGACGUGGGAUGGCAGGAGUGACCUUGUGUGAACCAACAGAACUGUAUAAUUUGUUGAAUCAGUCCACAAAGAUCUCUAGAUUAGCAGAGCCAAACUAUCUCUGUUUACUGGAUGCUCGUACCAAGAGGGAAUAUAAUGAAAGCCACUUAAUGACAGCAAUACGAGUCAAAACAAAUCCAUUGGGCAAAUACUUGGUGCCUCAAUCCAUCAAUCUGGAAUGUGUACGAUACUGUAUAGUAUAUGAUGGCAAAACGGAGUCUGUGGAUGCGGCUUUUAACAUGGAUUAUGAUCUACUUGAAGUGGAUACAGAACUAACACCAUUUGACACAGGAAUUGACAUAAGGGAAUUAAGAAAGAAACCAUCCUCUGAAUAUAAUGCUAAAGAAGGCUCUGCAGCUCGCUGUGCAAGGAUUAUGCAACGCCUUACCCGCUUUCCAGUCAUGAUCUUAAGAGGCGGCUACGAACUCUUUACAGCCUCCUACCAUUAUCUCCGGACCCAAAAGAUAUUUUGGAUGCCUCAAGAAUUGGAAGCCUUUAAGCCCUAUCCAGCAGAAAUCUUGCCGGCUAAGCUGUACAUGGGAAACUAUGUGCAAGCCUGUGACAGCCAGAUUCAGAAGGAUCUGAAAAUCAAGGCUCACAUUAAUAUCUGUGAGGAAGCUGGCACAUUCUUCCUUGAAGACAGAGAAAAUCUCCUUCAUAUUCCUAUUCCUGAUUCUCUGGAGGCAGAUUUAUUUUCUGACUUCAGCAACAUUUGUCACUUUAUUGAUGCUCACGUCCAUAAAGGAGCGGUCUUGGUCUUCUCCACUUUUGGAAUAAGCAGGUGUAGCACAGCAGUGAUGGCGUAUCUUAUCCAUUCUUGCAAGCUUUACUUGAAGAACGCUUGGAAUUACGUCCAAAAAUGUAAAAAUAACAUGCGGCCCAAUCGAGCAUUUGUGAAACAGCUAUCAGAUUGGGAACAACGGAUCUAUAUAACUGCCAUCACUGACAUUUCAGAACCAAAUUACUGAUCGGCAGCUUCAUUAUGUUUUUCUUUUUCAUGAGCUUGUUUGUCAGGGUCAGAAACAUAUUCUACAGAAUAAACUUUCAGACAUCCAAAA